GUAAACACUCAACACAACUUUUUUUCACCAUGGCAAUUUCAUUCCAGCAGACUGCCGCCAUGUCCCUGGAAUCCGUACAGAUCGGAUUCAUGCCCCCUACGGAGCGGGUCUCGGUCGAGAACCUUCUGCAGCUCGUCAGCUAUGCCCAGUCCAAGGGCUUCGACUACAUUGUGGCGCCCAUGAACAGUCCUGCCUACCGUCGGGUUCUCUUUGAGGACGCAGGGCCCCUGGAUCCUGCCAUGGUAGCGUGGAGAGCUGGUCUCGAGGCGUUUAGGCCUGAAGACCUUGUCCUACGCACUGCAGACAACUCGGACUUUAUUGUUGCAACAUUGACAGACUGGCAGGAUUUUGAUUCGCAAGAUUUAAAAACGCGUCUUCAUUCAGAAUUGGCGCUGAAGCAACAGUUUAAUUGGGCGUCGCAUCUUGGACUAGGAGGCAUGAUGCUGCCGUAUCCGCCCUCUUCGGAAUCCUUGACCAAUUAUGGCCGCAUUCUGACAGCUUCACUGUCUCUGCUGCCCUACACGACUUGUUGGUUCAGGGUUCCAUGCAUGGACCAAGAGCUGGAGAGGGAUGUGGCGGAGGAGUUGCAGGGUAUGAAGAGUUGGGAACGUUGGAACAGCCUUCGCAACAUGGCCGGAUCCGAAUCAAAGCUGGGUGUAGCAUUGGAACUGUCAGGCACAUUGCCGACAGAUCAGGUACUAGAUCGCUGGUUCGCAGAACCUGUGAAGGUCAUCGUAUUACCAGAGAACGUCUUUUUGACCAACAACAAGGGAUAUCCGGUUCUCAGUAAACGCCACCAACAUGUCGUCAGGAAGUUCUUAAAGUUCAAGCCGUAUUUCAUGAUAUCCUCCUGCACUAUGCCCAAGCUGGUCCUGGACGAAUUUUCAGAUGAUACAAUGGAGCAAAUCUUGGCUUCGCCGCACGCAGAUUACAUCAGGCAUCUUCAUCGGACACAGGAAGCACCAGGCGUGAUCGAUCAGUUUGCAACAGGAUACCAGGACUAUUUGCAAGCCCCGCUUCAGCCCCUCCAGGACAAUCUCGAAUCAAGCACUUAUGAAACGUUUGAGAAAGACCCGAUCAAAUACCAGCAAUAUGAAUUAGCCGUAGAACGGGCUUUACGGGAUCGACCUGCUCCUAUUAAUGGCGAAUCGGAUGUAACCGUGAUCAUGGUUGUCGGAGCUGGACGUGGACCGUUGGUGAACUGCUCGCUCCGCGCAGCUGAGAAGGCCGGACGGAAUGUGCGUAUUUACGCUGUGGAGAAGAAUCCGAAUGCAUUUGUCACGAUACAGAAUAUGAAGGAGGCGUAUUGGGGCGAUCGCGUCAACAUCGUGUUCUCGGAUAUGCGAACAUGGAAGGCGCCUGAGCAGGCAGACAUUCUUGUCAGUGAGCUACUCGGCUCGUUUGGCGAUAAUGAACUCUCACCAGAGUGCCUCGAUGGUGCGCAAAAGGUUCUGAAGCCAGGUGGCAUUUCCAUCCCUGCCAAUUACACGACGUUUGUCGCACCUAUGUCCUCGAACAAGCUGCACGCGGAUGUCUCUGCAUACAAGGAUUUGACACAUUUUGAGACGUCGUACGUAGUGAUGUUCAAGGCUGUCUCCUUGUUGGCGCAGCCAAAGCCGAUCUGGAUGUUUGAGCAUCCAAACAGGACAGAUAUUCCAUUAGGUCAAGAUCCUCUGAGUAACCACCAUAAUAUUCGUUCAGGCUCGAUUAAUUUUAUCUCGGAAACCAGUGGCAUGGUGCAUGGACUAGCAGGUUACUUUGAAUCGGUGCUCUAUAAAGACGUGACGCUCAGCAUCAAUCCUGCAACACACUCCCCGGGCAUGUUUAGCUGGUUCCCCAUAUACUUCCCAAUCAAGACCCCGUUAUAUGUGCCUGCAGGGGCCGGAGUCGUACUGGACUUUUGGCGACUCACGGAUACGCGCAAAGUAUGGUACGAGUGGCGGGUGAGCUGCCAGGUCGAGGGCCUGGGGACCAUCCAAUCGACUGCGCUGCAUAAUGUCGGAGGUCGCUCCAGCAGCAUUGGGCUCUACUGAACCCAAACCAGGGGCAAUGAAAUAAAAUACGACCGGCAACCCGUUUUCUCAGUGCA